GGAAGUUCCCGCCCCGGCCCCGCCCCUGCCCCUGGCUCGCGUAAAUUGGGUAUUUCCUGCCUCUCUCAGUCCGGGUUUGGAGACUCGGGCGUCCUCCGACUUUUCAUGGAAGAGAUGUCAGGAGAAAGUGUGGUGAGCUCAGCGGUGCCAGCGGCUGCUACCCGCACCACUUCCUUCAAGGGCACAAGCCCCAGCUCCAAAUACGUGAAGCUGAAUGUGGGUGGAGCCCUCUACUAUACCACCAUGCAGACGCUUACCAAACAGGACACCAUGCUGAAGGCCAUGUUCAGUGGGCGCAUGGAAGUGCUCACCGACAGUGAAGGCUGGAUCCUCAUUGACCGGUGUGGAAAGCACUUUGGUACGAUUCUUAACUACCUUCGAGACGGAGCAGUCCCCUUGCCUGAGAGCCGCCGUGAGAUCGAGGAGCUACUAGCAGAAGCCAAGUACUACCUAGUCCAGGGCCUGGUGGAAGAGUGCCAGGCAGCCCUACAACAGAACAAAGAUACUUAUGAGCCUUUCUGCAAGGUUCCUGUGAUCACCUCAUCCAAGGAGGAACAAAAACUUAUAGCAACCUCAAAUAAGCCAGCCGUGAAGUUGCUCUACAACAGAAGUAACAACAAAUACUCAUAUACCAGCAAUUCUGAUGACAAUAUGUUGAAAAACAUUGAACUGUUUGAUAAGCUGUCUCUACGUUUUAAUGGAAGGGUCCUGUUCAUAAAGGAUGUAAUUGGGGAUGAAAUCUGCUGCUGGUCCUUUUAUGGACAGGGCCGCAAGAUUGCUGAAGUCUGUUGUACCUCCAUUGUCUAUGCCACUGAGAAGAAACAGACCAAGGUUGAGUUCCCUGAAGCCCGGAUUUAUGAGGAGACCCUGAACAUUUUGCUGUAUGAGGCCCAGGAUGGCCGAGGACCUGACAAUGCACUCCUGGAGGCCACAGGCGGGGCGGCUGGGCGCUCUCACCACCUGGAUGAGGAUGAAGAACGGGAACGGGAAAGAAUUGAGCGUGUGCGACGGAUCCACAUCAAGCGCCCAGACGACCGGGCCCACCUCCACCAGUGAGCAGGCAGGCAGCUGAGCCACCGUCCUCCUGCCACCCCUUCCCUCCCUACCAUGCUACACUCAGAUCCUAUGCAGGCUCCCAGGCACCUUCCACCUCCUCUGGAGCCUGGAGGUCCUUUUGUAACAAGCCAGAUAAUUAUUUUGAUACUUCCUGACAAGAUGAAUUGGUUGUCUCAACCCAGGUCUAUGCAGCCCUAUUUUUGAGCAAGCUGUCUGAGGUCUCUACUUUUCAUGAGACUCCAGGAACCUCUGGAGCCAGGCUUUCUUGGUUCUUGGAGGAAAAGCAUGAAUGAGUGUAAAGUAGCUGUGAGACUUUGUUUGCGGUAUUUAUUUUUGUGAGUGUUGACUACCUAUUUGGGCUUCUUGGGUGAUACUCCCUUAAGGUUCUGUGUGACUGUUCUGAGAGGAGUUCUGUGGUUGGUGGCCACAGGGGUAUCUGAGCUACCUACUGCAUAUAUCCUAACCCUCCAGCGCCCUGGCUCCCAGUUCCUGUUGCCAGACACAAUCCCCACAGCUUUGCUAGAUGUUCAUUCUGCCAUGUGGUUUUUUUGUGCCUAGUCCGUCUUGAUAAUUGCAGGUCACAGCAGUAGAAAUCUGAUCUAGUAAGCCUCUAAGAUGUUACUAGUGUAGCUUUGGGUGCAGAGCUUUCCUUAAGGAGCAAGACUUUUGCUGUCUUGACUAGUGUUUGACUGGGACACUAGUGUCUGCCUAGGAGCAGAGUGUUCCUGGCAGUGAGUAUUCAGCUCUGCUCCUGGCUCCUGCCUCCUGCAGUUGCUCUCCUUGUUGACCUGCUCAGUUCUAGUAAGGCCAUCUGACCCCCAGACAGGGGUAGCUCACUAACUACCUUGAUCGGCAUCUUCCUCAUGAAGCUGGGUUUACUGCGGCAAACAGAUGCCCUGCCCUUUGCUUAGAAAUUCAGUGUGGCCCAGAUUCUUUGUCUUCCCCUCUGGCAUCCAAGCAGGGACCCCAGCACCAGCCCCCACUGCUUGGAGAUACCCUUCUUGUCUUUGCCUCUGAUUCUUACACAGUAUAGGAUAGCCAGCAGUGUACAGGUUGAGAGAAUGUGCAGACAUCUUUGGGUCUGGAUUGUGUCUGUGUUUCCAUUUGUGUUAAGGGAAGUGUGCUACUGUUGACGGGGGAAUGUGUGCUUGUGAGGCACGGGCAGCCUGUGCCGGAGCCUGGCUGGCCGCAGGCUGCUCGUGGAGGACAGAUGUUCUCAGUUACCUACCUCCCAGCUCCUCUUUGCCUGCAAAGGACCAGAAGUGAGUUGUGACUGAUAGUGGGUUGUUGAGACUAGAGUAGGUAGAGUAGUUACAAGGAGAUGUGAAUGCAUGUCGAGUGAUGGAUGUGUUUGUCUGCUUAUCAAGGGAAUCGUUACCGUUUUAUACCAAAGGUAUUAACAUGGGUAGCCUUUGACACAUGUAUUCCAAAAAACGAGUUUAUAUUUUGAAACGGUUUUUACAGCAUAGACUUUGUAUGUCCUGCCCUGCCCCGCCUGUGACAGUUCUAUGCCUUUAUUUUGUAUCUGGCAGCAAAGCCUACAAUAAAACUGUAAAACAGUCAUGACUGAACGU